AUGAGGGCAUUCCCCUUUUCCUUGAAGGAUUUCGCAAAAGACUGGUUGUACUACCUACUACCAAGUAGUAUCACCACGUGGGACCAGUUGAAGAAAAAGUUUUUAGACAAGUAUUUUCAGUCACUCUACGACUACUGGGAGCGAUUCAAGAAGUUGUGCAUCAAGUACCCCCAGCACCAAAUAAGUGAGCAGUUACUCAUACAAUAUUUUUACGAGGGACUAAUCUUCAGAGACAGGAGUAUCAUUGAUGCUGCGAAUGAAGGGGCACUGGUGAACAAGACCCCUUGGGCAGCAUGGGAGCUAAUUAAGGGAAUGACCGAGAAUUCACAACAGUUCGGUACGAGGGAGGAUGUCCUGAUACGCAAGGUAAAUGAGGUAAAGACAUCUUCUAUCCAGCAGCAGUUGACGGAGUUAACCUCGUUUGUUAGGCAACUGGCUGUAGGAAACGCAUCUCAGGCCAAGGUGUGUGGAAUUUACACUAUCAUGGAUCAUUCUACAGAUAUGUGCCCGAUAAUUCAAGAACAAAGUGCAGAGCAAGUGAACAUGGCUAGUCACGCGCCCGUGCCAAGAAUGCCCUAUGACCCAUACUCGAAUACGUAUAAUCCCGGGCCCGAACUCACGAUUCCCAAGGACAAAGAUGAGGAAAGGAUCGAGAAUGAGCUUGAAAAGGAGGACAGCAAUGGCACAAAUCAAAAGGUACUCCCUGAUCCAGUCAUUACAGUUAGAACUAACCCGUCUCCCUUUCCUAGUAGGUUAGAGAAACCGAGGAAGCAGGAUAAGGAACAGGAUCACGCGCCCGUGCCAAGAAUGCCCUAUGACCCAUACUCGAAUACGUAUAAUCCCGGGCCCGAACUCACGAUUCCCAAGGACAAAGAUGAGGAAAGGAUCGAGAAUGAGCUUGAAAAGGAGGACAGCAAUGGCACAAAUCAAAAGGUACUCCCUGAUCCAGUCAUUACAGUUAGAACUAACCCGUCUCCCUUUCCUAGUAGGUUAGAGAAACCGAGGAAGCAGGAUAAGGAACAGGAGUUCCUAGGAUGUUCCUUGAGGGGAGAUGAAAGGGUCAUCGUUGGGGAGAAUGUGUUAGCAGUUCUCCAAAGGAAGUUUCCACAAAGGAAGUUUCCACCGAAGUACGGGGAUCCAGGUAGGUUUACUGUCCCAUGUAGGAUAGGUAAUACUUUGAUUAGGAAUACCCUGAUGGACUUAGGAGCAUCGAUAAACGUAAUGCUUAAAUGUAUGUAUGCUUUUCUGAACCUCGGUCCAUUAAAAGAAAUUGAGAUAAUAAUCCAAUUAGCUGACCGAACAAAUGCAUACCCUGAUGGGUAUCUCUCUGACAUGAUGCGCCCGCGUCAAGUCGUAUGGAGAGCUCAUGAUCAGAAGGAUUCUGGCCCUCAUGACGCGCCCGAGUCAAGUCGUAUGGAGAGCUCAUCACCAAAAGGGUUCUAA